GGCUCUAGUCGAAGUAGACUGUUGACAGUGUGGUUUGGCCUCUUACAUAAUGGCUGGAACAGUUUUAACGCGGUGUGUGAGCAGGACUUUACUCUCAGUAUCUGGUGCAAAAAACAUCCGAAUCAGGGGGACUAACCGGCGCUACUGGACAGCUUCAAGAAGGACUGCCACUGAGCUGAUUAGUGGAAGAGCUACAUUCCUCCUGGGCCUCCCCACACUUUCCUGCCUGGUUUACGAAGCUUAUCAUAGGGUGCAGAGUUCACCCGUGGUCCACGCUCUAGAAAAAGAGGAGGUUUUGGAGCAGGCUGACUACCUGUAUAGCUGUGCAGAGACAGAGAAGCUGUACCACCUGCUGCUGCGGUACAAGGACAGUGAUGAUGCAGAGUGCCUGUGGAGGCUGGCUCGGGCGUCUCGUGACCUGGCCCUCAUGACCAACUUGGAGGCCAGACGGAAAAAGGAGCUGGUUUAUGAGUCCUUAGAUUAUGCAAAGAAGGCACUGGAAAAAGAUGAGAAGUGUUUUGCAGCGCACAAAUGGUAUGCAGUAUGUCUCAGUGAUGCUGGGGAAUACGAGGGAGUCAAGGUGAAAAUUGGGAAUUCAUACAUCAUCAGGGAACAUCUAGAGAGAGCCAUCCAGCUCAAUCCCAAGGAUGCCACUUCCAUACAUAUUUUGGGUUACUGGUGCUUUGCUUUUGCUGAGCUGCCAUGGUAUCAACGCAAAGUGGCGGCUGCAAUUUUUUCAUCACCACCUACGUCCACAUAUGAGGAGGCUUUGGAAUUCUUCCUGAAAGCCGAAGAAGUUGAUCCAAACUUCUACAGUACAAACCUGCUAAUGCUCGGGAAGACCUACAUGGCCAUGAAAGACAAACAGAAUGCACUUCUUUGGCUAACCAAAGCAAAAGAGUACCCUGCUCACACACUGGAAGACAAAGAGGUCCAUAAAGAAGCUGUUGACCUCUUGAAGAAGCUAGGAUAAAGCGGUCAUCACCAUUGAGUUGAAUGUGACGCCUUUGAUAUAUUAGGUUGUGUUAAUUAUCGCUAACAAAAUGUUUUCUUUUUAUGAUUUUGUAAUAAUACUGUAGAACUGAGUGGGCUUGCACACAGCAUACAUACCUCUUUUAUAGUUAAGGCAAUGUCCAGUCAUCCAGCUUUGAGUUUAGUUAAUGCAACGUUUGUAUUUUUUCAAUUCUUUCAAUCCAUUCAUGCCUGAAUUCCUCUUGCUGAUUUUUCUGACAUUGACUUUAGAGGCGAGCACAUUGCAUUUGCUGGACCAAAAUGUAAAACGUUUUUGAUACCAAAUCACCGCACAAAUGUUUCUAUUGUUCGUCGAGGUCAAGUCAAAAGACAAAUGGUUUUAUGUUUGGGAGGGGUGGACUGGGGAAAAGUUGCAAAUGAAUUACAUUUUUAGAACUUGUAAGUGUAAUCAAGAAAGUUAACCAAUGUCAUUACCAAACUGGAUCUGUAUACUUACAAUUCACGCACUGUAGUAUCUGCUUUCUCAAAUCAAAUGUACAUUUUAUUCAAGUAUACGCAUUUACUUUAAUCUUUGCCACAAUUGCUUUAACUUAAUGAUUGUUUUUUCAACAGCAUAGGAUGAACUGAACUGUUAAUGAUACAAAAUAACCCAGGACAAGUCAUACCGUCUAUGGGACAAGCACAUUUGUGCUCAAUUGUUGCCACUGUGAUUGCAAUUGUUACUAAAUGGCACUUUACAACUGUGGCCUUGUGUGGUUUGUCUUCAACACAUUCCCCAUGACACCAGUCAUGUUGGCAAGGAGGUGCCUCCAAUAAAAAAAAUUAGUGGAA